AUGAAGUAUUGCAGUACCCGCGGUGGAGUCCAAGGAUGGGACUUCCGGGAUGUGCUUUUCGCAGGUUAUGCUCCUGACGGCGGGAUGUUUAUGCCCGAAAGUAUACCCACACUGAGCCAAGCAACUCUGAGGUGCUGGAGUAGACUGUCCUACCCUAAACUGGUGAUGGAGGUUGCCUCAAUUUUCAUUCCAACUCAACUGAUUCCCAGAAAGGACCUGGAAUUCCUUAUAGGCUCUGCUUUGUCUGGCUUCACCGUACCUGAAGUGAUCAGAACUGUCCAGCUGAAGGAUGGCCUGACAAUCCUGGAGCUCUUCCACGGAGACACUUUAGCUUUUAAGGACCUGUCUAUGAAAUGCACAGUGUACUUUCUUGACUACUUCCUGAAGAAAGAGAACCGCAGAGCUACAGUCCUAGUUGGUACGUCAGGUGACACAGGUGGCUCGGCCAUCCACAGUGCAAAAGGUAUGCCUGGCCUGGAUGUUGUGGUGGUUUACCCUCGGGGACGCAUUACCCAAAUCCAAGAGAAACAGAUGAUCACCUGCCUGGAGGAUAAUAUCCAUGUUUUUGCAGCGGACGGCUCAUCAGAUGACAUCGAUCAGCCUCUGCGUCGUCUCUUUGCCGAUCAGGAACUUGUAAAGUCUUAUGGCCUCAUGAGCCUCAACUCGCUUAACUGGUCUCGUAUAAUGAUCCAGCUCACACAUUCAAUCUACGCGUACCUGCACCUCAUGGAUUUGGAGCAGCUGGAGGCUGGCAAGCCAAUGCCUGAACUGGAGGUUGUGGUGCCGACUGGAGGAGCAGGAAACAUUACAGCUGGCUUCAUUGUCAAACAAAUGGGACUGCCCCUGAAGUUGGUGGCCAUGGUGAAUGCUAAUGACGUCGUGCACAAGACGGUAACCUCCGGUGACUUUAGUAUGGCUGCUACUGUCACACAGACACUGGCUCCUGCCAUGGACAUCCAGGACCCAUAUAACAUGGAGCGAAUGUUCUGGCUGCUUCUGGGAGGAAACUGUGCUUUGGUGAAGAAAAUCAUGGAAGAGUUUCAGCAGUCACAUGCACAUACUCUGCUUGAAAACCACCACAAGCUGCUGUGUCAUAAUUUGUCUACUGGGACAGUGAAUGAUGACGGCAUAUUGGAGACCAUGAGGAGAUGCUGGGAGGAAAACCAGUAUGUUGUGUGUCCCCACACAGCAGUGGCUGUAUGGCAUCACUACAACUGUCCUCACGAUCCAGCUGUUAACAGGUGUUACAUCGCCACAGCAUCCCCAGCCAAGUUUCAGGCAGCUGUACAGAGAGCUGGGUUGACCUAUGACCUACCUGAGGCUAUCAGAGCUUUGGACAAGUUAACCUCGCGAUACCAAAACCUGGAACGCAGCUUGAACUGGAGCAAAGACUGGGAGCAGAAACUGAGAGAGACAAUACAGUCCGUGAGGUCAGCCCGAGAUAGCGGACUGACUUAUUACAACUGAUGUGACUGUAGCGGUGUCCAAACUAGUGAUGCGAAAUCCACAUUGUUUUUUUGUUAUAGUUAUUAGUGCUCUAUCAAAUAAUACAUGUCAUUAUUAAUGAAUUUCAUUUUUACAAUAUGACAAUAAAGAUAAUAAUAAAAAAUCAAAUAUGGCCACACUUGGACACCCCCGUUGUACGGGAUGAACAGGACUUAGAGACUUAAUCGGAAGAGUUAGCAAGCUAGCCUCAGUUGCAUCCAUUGUUUUAAAACUAUGUUGAACUGUAUCGUCCCUAUUCAAAUAAAAGAAUAUCUUAUUCGCUCGCUACCUUGAAUACAUUUUCGUUUUGGAACAAUAAUGCCAAUCACCACAAAAUAAUCGAAUAUCGUUAAUGUCAAAAUAGAACUUCUAGAAAGUCAUAAGCCAUAGUAAUGUGAAUGUUAACCAAAAUGUAUACGAAAAA